AGUAGGAGGUUCCAUGCAGUUAAAUACAGUAUUAAAUUACUGAUUUCUGCAGUUCCCUUGCUGACGGAGGUGGCGGAGCAGCAAACAAAAGUGCUUGAAACUAGUUUGCUGAACAGGAGAGAACCCUGAGUGUGGGGUUAGCUGGCAAGGCGGAGACUUUACACCGUGUAGCAAGUUCCAUCAGCAGAAUGACGGACCCCGACAUGGGCCUCCCUACUAUCGAGAGAAAGCCGGGGCUGCAGAUAUGGACCAUAGAGAAAAUGAAAAUGGUUCCUGUUCCCGAAAAGGCGUAUGGGGGCUUUUUUGAAGGAGACUGUUACAUCAUACUAUAUAACAAGAAAACCGCAAAUGGCUUCAUGACGGACUUGCACUAUUGGAUAGGGAAGGACUCCUCUCAGGAUGAGCAGGGCGCUGCGGCCUUCUACGUCACCCAGAUGGAUGACAUGCUCGGGGGGAGCCCAGUGCAACAUCGAGAGGUGGAGGGACACGAGUCCGAGGCCUUCAAAAGCUACUUCAAAAAUGGCAUUAUCUACAAGAAGGGAGGAGUAGCUUCAGGAUUCAGGCAUGUGGAGACCAACAUGUAUAACAUCAAACGGCUCCUUCAUGUCAAAGGGAAGAAACAUGUGUCCGCCACAGAGGUGGAGCUUUCGUGGGACAGCUUCAAUAAGGGGGACGCGUUCCUGCUGGACCUGGGGAAAGUGCUGAUCCAGUGGAACGGUCCCGACUGCAACGUGGCAGAGAAAUCCAGGGGACUGGCUCUGGCGCGUAGCAUCAGGGAUGGCGAGAGAGGCGGCCGUGCCCAGAUCGGCAUCAUUGACAAUGAGAAGGACUCGCCGGAUCUCAUGCAGAUCAUGAAAACGGUGCUCGGGGAGAGGCGUGGGGAGCUCCGGGCCGCCACGCCCGAUGAGAAAGCCGAUGAGCUGCAGAAAGCAAACGUCCGGCUCUACCAUGUCUAUGAAAAGGACGACGACUUGGUGGUGCAAGAGAUUGCCACCCGGCCCCUCACACAAGAUCUCCUCCAGCAUGAGGACUGUCACAUUUUAGACCAAGGGGGUUUUAAGAUCUACGUGUGGAGAGGAAAAGACUCCAGCAUCAGUGAAAAGAAAGCAGCAUUCAGCCGAGCAGUGGGUUUCAUCCAAGCCAAAGGGUAUCCUGCUACCACCAAUGUAGAAGUGGUGAACGAUGGCGCGGAAUCAGCGAUGUUUAAACAGCUCUUCAAGAGGUGGACAGAAAAGGAGGAAGCUCAAGGCCUUGGCAAAGUCUACACGACCAGCAAGAUCGCCAAGGUCGAGCAAGUGAAAUUUGAUGUCUCUCAGUUGCAUGCCAGACCAGAGCUAGCUGCCGAGCAGAGAAUGGCAGAUGAUGCCUCCGGGAAGGUUGAGGUGUGGAGGAUUGAGGAUCUGCACAUGCAACCAGUGGAUCCCAAGACAUACGGGCAGUUCUACGGAGGAGACUGUUACCUCGUCCUCUAUACGUACCUGAAAUCGGGCAGACCUCAUUACAUUAUCUAUAUGUGGCAAGGCCGCCACGCCUCCGUGGAUGAAAUCACUGCUUGCGCCUUCAAUGCUGUAGAGCUGGACAAAAAGUACGGGAACGAGCCGGUGCAGGUCCGAGUGACGAUGGGCAAGGAGCCUCAGCACUUCCUGGCCAUCUUUAAGGGCAACCUGAUUAUUUAUGAGGGAGGCACGAGUCGUGCUCAGUCUAACGAGCCCGAGCCCGAGGUCCGUCUCUUCCAAGUGAGGGGCACCGACGAGCUCAACACCAAAACCAUCGAGGUGCCAGCCCGGGCCUCCUCCCUCAACUCCAACGACGUCUUCCUGCUCAAGACCAGCCAGGUCUGCUACCUGUGGUGUGGGAAGGGCUGCAGCGGAGAUGAGAGAGAGGUCGCGAAGAUGGUGGCCAACAUCAUCUCCAAACGGGACAAGCAGACCGUUCUGGAGGGCCAAGAGCCGGCGGAGUUCUGGGUAGUGUUGGGAGGAAAGGCCCCCUAUGCCAGUGACAAGAGAUUCCAAGAGCCAUCUGUCCGAUACCAGCCCCGCCUAUUCGAGUGCUCCAACCAGACAGGACGGUUUAUCAUGACAGAGGUGGUGGGCUUCUGCCAGGAGGACUUGGACGAAGAUGAUGUCAUGUUACUGGACACCUGGGAAGAGGUUUUCCUUUGGAUUGGCAAAGCCUCCAAUACAUAUGAAAAAAAUGAGGCUAUUUCCUCAGCCAAAGAGUAUCUGAAGACCCAUCCCGCUGGAAGAGACUUAGCAACACCAAUAAUAAUGGUGAAGCAAGGCUACGAACCCCUCACCUUCACAGGCUGGUUCAGUGCUUGGGAUCCGUAUAAGUGGAGCGAUGGCAAGUCUUACGAGGAGAUGAAGAGCAGCUUAGGAGAUGUGUCGGGUAUAUCAGAGAUCACGGUGGAUCUUAACAACGCCAACCUGAACAAGAAGAAUGCAAACAAUAAAACUUCCAGCCCUGCUGGUUCCGAAGGGGCGAGAACUUUACCUGCCUAUAAACCACACCCCAACAACAGCGUCAAUAGCACCAGCAACCAUCACAACAACAAUGCCCCUUCGGUGGUGACCAAUGGGAAUGGAGCCUACCCCAGAGAGGUGCUGCUCCACAAGACAAUGGAGGAACUUCCAGAAGGCGUGGACCCCACUAAAAAGGAGUACUAUCUCUCCGAUGCCGACUUCCAGGAUAUCUUUGGGAAAUCCAAGGAUGAGUUCUACCAGAUGCCCCGAUGGAAGCAGCAGAACGAGAAGAAACAGCAUGGACUGUUUUAAAACAGAGACUGUCCUGCCCCCUGCUGGUUGUGGAACCACAUCCCGAUCUCAGUAGCCACAGGAGGGGAAUGCAGAUACUUGUCAAAGAAACCAGUGCAAAAACCAAAACCCACCCGCCCAAACCAAGCCAAGUGCAGCUACAGCCUCUAGGGUCAGACAGGGUUCAUGGAACUGCUCUUCCUUCCUUCCCCCCUUGCAAUUAGUGGGAUGUAGGGAGCCAUCACCCGAAGAUUUGACUCAAGGCUUUGAUAUUUUCUUCUCAGUUUUGUACCAUUUUUGCCAGGCGCUGCAAGGAGGUGUCAGGGCAGCAUUAGUGCAUCGCACACCGUGUGGUAGUGGCCAAAUUUUCCACAUCAAUGGAAGACAAAUACUGCAUGGGAGGCCGCUCAGUGGCCAUGGGGGUGAGAUGAGGCAGGACAAAUACAAAGACGUGGUGGGAACUGGUGCGGCCGAAGUCUAGUAAAUCCUUGCAGACGGAGAACUUCAAGCUCCGAUAAUUGGCUCUCCCCCAGUGAGGAAUAAGGAUGUUAAAUGGUCAUAACCUGAGAUGGUAAAAAUCCAUCAGAACUUGGCUCCAAAAUAACAUUUGUAAUUUAUUAAAUGAAUUAUUUGAAAGGAAAGCAGAGACAUAGGGCUGGGGGGGGAGACGGGCUCUCAAUCUCCAGAGCUGAAGUGGGCUGUGAUGUUUACAGUCAAAGCUGUGUGCUGAGUCCCUGUUCUGUACAGAGCCCCAGUGAGGAGAUGCAUGGACAGAAGGGUCUGCCCAUGUGCCUCUGAUUGCAGGCUCGUUAGGGAAGCUAUUAGCUUUGCACUGGUGUGACCAGGAGCAGAAAGUGGGCCUUAGAUGCUUUGAUCUCCACCUGGCUUCUCUGUCAUGCUGCCACCACAUGCUGCACUGGAUACGAAGAGCACACUCCAUAUCACGUUUUGAAUUUUGAUUUAUGGGCACAUGGUGAUUUUGAUUUCAUGGAUCCAGCUGUAAAAAAAAAAAAAAAAAAAAAAUCAGUGCAAAAAUGACUACAAUUUCAGCUUUGUUCCAGUCAAACCCAAGCAGUGAUUUCACAUAAACAACCAACAGGCAUGCGUAAAGGAUGCUCUUAAUAAAAAUGCAAACUACGGGCUCCUUUCAGUAGCGUAAACUC